UUCACGUCUCGUCCCAGGUGGGCCGGGAACUGAGACAAGUUUUAAUUGUUAUUAAAAAAAACACGUAACAUAAAGUUUGCCAUCUUAACCAUCUUUAAUGUCCAGUUCAGAGAUACUAAACUUCAAAAAUGUCAUGCAACCAUCACCCCCACCACCUCCAGGACUUUUUCAUGGUCCCCACUGAACAAUAACUCCCCUUCUCCCUUCCCAGCCCCUGGCUCCCACCAUUCUGCUUCUCCUCUGGGAACCUGACUCCCGUGGGUUCCCUGUGUAAGUGGGAUUUGUCUUUUUAUGAUAUUAUUUUAUACAUAUUACUUUGUCAUUUGUGACAGGCACGUUUCCCUCCACUCAGUGUCCCCAAGGCUGUGACACGGGGCAGAAUGUCCCUCCUUUUGAAAGCCAAACCCUCUUCCCUCGUGUGGAUCUAAUUCGUCUUCCUUAUCCUUCAUCCGUCCACGGACACUUGAGCUGCUUCCACUGACUUUGUGAGUGAUGCUGCUGUGAACCUGGGUGUGCAAAUCUCUCUCCCAGGCCCUGCUUUCCCUUCUUCUGGAUGCAAACCCACAAGUGGGAUUGCUGAGUCAUCUCAUAUGUGUUUUUAAAAGGGCAUGUAGGAGCCCAGGGAAGACGCUCAGACAGAAACAAAAUCGUUCGUAGCUUUGUCCUGGCCAGGAAGCGUUCCGUAAAAAAAGCAGCCCUGGGUUUUCAGCACAGAUGGGAAGGAAGCCCACACUGGUGAUUCAUUCUCCAGCCCUGUGGAGACCACCGUCCUCAGGAGGAGAGCUCCCCCAUGGGAGCGGAUCAAGGAGAAUGGGAUGGAGGCAGACAGCAGUUUGGUCGAGGUUGAGGGACCAGAGAGGCUGGGACUGAGGACACGAGAGCUACGUGACCUUCUGCCAGCUGGAGGACGAGGCCGCCUUUACCUGCAGCGCCGACUGCACCAUCAGGAAGUGGGAUGUGCUGACCGGGCAGUGUCUGCAGGUGUUCCGGGGACACACGUCCAUCGUGAACAGGAUCCUGGUUGCCAACAAGCAGCUCUUCAGCGGCUCCUACGACAGGACGGCCCGCGCCUGGAGCGUGGACAGGGGGCAGGUGGCCCGGGAGUUCCGGGGUCACCGCAACUGUGUGCUGACCCUGGCCUACGCCGGGGCGCCCUGCGUGGAGGAGGCCGUGGCCGGGGGCCUCCUGGUGACGGGCAGCACGGACGGCACGGCCAAGGUGUGGCAGGUGGCCAGUGGCUGCUGCCAUCAGACGCUGCGGGGCCACACGGGCGCCGUGCUCUGCCUGGUGCUGGACGCGCCAGGCCACACGGCCUUCACGGGCAGCACGGAUGCCACCGUCCGCGCCUGGGACAUCCUGAGCGGCCAGCAGCUGCGCGUGUUCCGGGAGCACCAGGGCUCCGUCAUCUGUCUGGAGCUGGUAAACCAGCACGUGUACUCGGGCAGCGCCGACAGGACGGUCAAGUGCUGGCUGGCAGACACCGGCGAGCGCGUGCGCACGUUCACGGCCCACAGACACAGCGUGAGCGCCCUCAAGUACCACGCGGGCACCUGACAGGGCAGGCUGACCCGAAGCCCAAGGGCGGUGGGGCCGUCGCAGCCCUGCAGAGCCGGCUGCGGCCCACACGGGGCGCCUCGGGACCCCGGCUCCCCACGCUGACCUUGAGGGAACGUACUAAAGAUCGUGAAGUGUUCACGGGCAGCGGGGACGCCCGCGCGCGCGCCUUCGACGCCCAGUCCGGAGCACUGCGGAGGGUGUUCCGCGGCCACGCCUUCGUCAUCAACUGCAUCCAGGUAGGCGCUCCGCCCUCUCCCGGGGCCGCGGCUGGUUGGCAGUGGUUGGUGGAGCGCCCUCGGAAGGGAAGGGCUGAGGGCCCCCGACCCCCACCUCCCGGGCAGCCGCGCGCCCCCGCGGGCAGAGCCUCCUUGGGCCGAGGCCGCCCAGGGCUGAGCCGUCCGCUUGCGUCGGCCGGGGCGGGUCCGCGUCCAGGCGACCCCGGAGCGGCGGGGAGGAGCCGGGUGGGGCGGCGGGGUGCCCCCCGCUGCCGGCCGCCCACGCCCCGCGCCCGCAGGUGCACGGCCAGGUGCUCUACACCGCCUCGCACGACGGCGCGCUGCGCCUCUGGGACGUUCGCGGCCUCCCGCCGCCGCGCGCCGCCGCCCCCAAGCGCAGCCUCUCGCGCCUCUUCAGCAACAAGGUGGGCUGCGCCGCCGCCGCCGCGCCGCUGCAGCCGGCCUGAGACGCCCCGACGGCGCCCCAGACACCGACCCGCGAGGAGCGCGGCGCUCCCGCCCGUCCCCGGGGCCCCGACCGGCGCGGCGGGUGCUGCUUCGCCCUCGCGCCGGCGGCCUUCCGAAGCCCUCGCCGAGCCGCCCGCCCCUCCGUCCGUCCCUCCCGGGACCCUCCCGCGACUCUCAGGGUCUCCAGCCGCCCGGAUCCCGGGCGCCCGAGGUCCCGGGAAGCCAAGUCUUUUCCUGCUGAGCGAGACGGACGCUUCAAAAAAGGCACGGACUGGGAUUUUCCCCUGGCGGUCCCGUGUUUCUGACUGGGCGCUUUCACGGUAGGAACCCUGGGUUCAAUCCCCGGUCGGGGAGCUAAAAUAACACGAGCCGCGCCCAAGACAAAACCCCACGGACUGUCGUUAUCUUGGCAGAUUGUCCGCUUGUGAAGGAUGAAAUACAGGUCCUUGAAAGUG